CAAAGACCUUUGAGUCGAAGUACGCAGUGAGGGACUCGUUGGAGGAAGAUCUCGGAGUCGUGUGAUUCUCUUUUACAAACUUAGCGAUCAUGGCCGAUGUUCAGCAGGAAGGAGAUGCAAGCAAGCCAGAAGAAACAACAGUUCCGUCCGAGGCUGAAAACGAGCAGCAGUUAGAAAACACCAAUGGCAUAAAACCUGAAGCUGAUGAACCUCCGAAGGAGAAGUCCGAAAUGAAAGAGAAGUCCGUGAAUAAGAAAUCAAACCGAUUUCACCCGUAUUCCAAAGACAAGAACGCGGGAGCUGGAGACAAGAAGGGGCCUCAUCGAAACCGAGUGUUUAUUAGCAAUAUCCCAUACGACAUGAAGUGGCAGGCAAUUAAAGAUCUGAUGAGAGAGAAAGUUGGUGAGGUUACAUACGUGGAGCUCUUUAAGGAUGCUGAAGGAAAGUCAAGGGGAUGUGGAGUUGUAGAGUUCAAGGAUGAAGAAUUUGUCAAGAAGGCGAUUGAAGUUAUGAACAAGCAUGAUCUGAAUGGCAGGCCACUCAACAUCAAAGAGGAUCCUGAUGGGGAGCAUGCACGGAGGGUGCUGCAGAGGACUGGAGGAAUGUUUCCUGGAGGCCGUGGCUCAGAUGGGGGUCCUGGAAUAAUGAACUUGCCUCCUUCUAUUGCCAACAAUCCAAAUAUCCCCCCUGAGGUCAUUAAUGCUUUACAGGCUGGGAGGCUGGGUUCAACGGUGUUUGUUGCCAAUCUUGAUUUCAAAGUGGGGUGGAAGAAGCUGAAGGAAGUGUUCAGCAUGGCUGGAACAGUGAAAAGAGCUGAUGUGAAGGAAGACAAAGAUGGCAAGAGCCGUGGGAUGGGGACUGUCACCUUUGAACAGCCGCUGGAGGCGGUUCAGGCCAUCUCCAUGUUCAAUGGACAGUUCUUGUUUGACAGGCCUAUGCAUGUGAAAAUGGAUGACAAGUCUGUUCCCCCAGAUGAUUUCCGUCCAGUAGAAAAGUCACCUCAGUUGCCACGAGGUCUUGGUGGUAUUGGAAUGGGACUUGGGCCUGGAGGUCAGCCAAUCAAUGCUAACCGAUUGAGUGGAGGAGGAAUGGGAAAUCCUAGUCCUGGAGGUAUGGAAGGACCUGGUUUUGGAGGCAUGAAUCGAAUGGGAGGAAUGGGCGGAGGCAGCUAUGGAGGAAUGGACGGGAUGGGCAACAUGGGAGGUUACAGUGGUAGAGACAUGGCACCUAUGGGAAGAUUGGGAGGAAUGGAUGAUUACAGAGGUGGUCUUGGAGCUGGAAUGGGCGGACUUGGCAGUGGCAUGGGAGGAAUGGGUUCUGGGAUGGGCAGCAACAUGGGUGAUAUGUUCCGUUCUGGAAUGGGUGGCAUGGACCGUGAUUUUGGCAGGAAUGAAAUGCCGAUGAAUCGAGGCUAUGGGGAUUCGUUUGGAGGAAUGGGAGGAGGAAUGGGAGGAUUUGGCGGAGGCAUGGGUAAUGCUGGCAUGGGUCCAAUGGGAUCUGGAUUAGGAAGUGGAAUGGGCAACAUGGGAAUGGGUGUGGACCGCAUGAACUCCAGCUAUGACCGAAUGGGAGGUGGUAUGGACAUGAAUCGUGGAUUUGCGGGAUUUGGAAGUGGCUCUGGCCCAAUGGGAGGUGGAAUGUCUGACAGAGGGUCGGGGCCCAAGGGAUGCCAAAUCUUUGUGCGCAAUCUUUCCUAUGACCUAACCUGGCAGAAGUUAAAGGAAAAAUUCAGUCACUGUGGUCAAGUUGUAUUUGCAGAAAUAAAAAUGGAAAAUGGCAAAUCCAAAGGGUGUGGAACAGUUCGCUUCGAUUCCCCAGAAAGUGCUGAAAAGGCAUGCAGGAUGAUGAAUGGCACAAAGAUUAACGGGAGAGAAGUUGAUGUCCGUAUUGAUCGAAAUGCUUAAACCUUUAGUGAUGUUUACACCCAUGUCCCCUGUAGCUUUUGUUUUGUUUUAAAAACAUUUCUUGGAAGUCCCUACUGUUACCUGAAGCUGUCGGUCAUCACCAGCCUUUGUAACUGGAUGUGUAUAGGGUUGUUUAUAUACAGUGAUCUUUUUUUUUUUAAACCCCUCUUUAAUUUGUCAGCCAUCAGUAUGUUUGAACAAAUAAACUUUUUAAUUUUUUAA